CUAGGCUAAAUGCUAAAUGUCAAAGAUACAAUGCUGAUGUUUAGCUGGUAUAAUGUUCACUGCCUUAGUUUACCUUGUCAGGUGCCGUGUGUCACAGCCAUGUCAACAUUAAUUAACUAGCACUAAACAUGGAGCACAGCUGUAUCACUGUAUUUGGUCAUUGAUAUAAAUAGUCUUCAAAAGAAAAUGAAUGUUUGGACCAAAUUCCAUGACAAUCUAUUCAAUAGUUGCUACUGUAUUUCACACUGAACCAAAAUGUGAAUCUCAUUGUGGCUUUACAGGAAAAGUUAGAACAUGCUAAAAGUCAUGAGCAUAUGCCAUCUAGGCAUAAAAUGUGGCCUUAAUCCAUUAGGGAGAUGUCAACAUAUUUCAAAAUUUGAGGUGCUAGUGGUCAGGGGAGUGGUCACAGCAGUCUGAUGAAAUAUAUCAGUCUGGACCAAAAUAAUGAACCAGCUGACUAACCACCCAAGUAAAGAACCAAUGCUGAAAAUCCCAGAGCAAAAGGCAGCUAGCAUGGCUAUACAUUUCAAAUAAAGCAAUAUUUAAAGACAAAAAAAAAAAAAAAUUAAAAUAAAUAAAUAAAGUCCACUGAUCAAACACUUUGAGAAAUUCUUGAGCAAAACUAAUUAGCUCGAUUCUUCUAUGAUUUAUUAAUACUAUUACAGGAUCAUCUAAGGUGAUUACAGGAUACUUUGAUGAGUUCUUUUUCAGAUGUAUUUUCACUGCUGCCUGUCAAGCUCCUAAAUGGAUGCUUGCUCCCUGCCAGCAACUGUGGAAACUUUAACCAUCCAAUGCUGCUUCUUCUUGUUUGUUAUCAAUGAGGGAGGAAAUUGUUAUGUGAUUGUUACUUUAUUAACCUUAGCACACUUUAAUGAUUAGACAUGAAGCCUACAGCUCACUGUUGACUGAAAACUGUACAUGAAUGUUUCCUUCUUUGAAUUUUUCUGUGACUCUUUGUCCUCUAAAUUACUGCUGAUACAGGCACAAACCAGCUUUUGAUGGAAUAAGAGCGUGAACUGAAUCCUAUUGAUGAAAGUGAUACAUAUAAGUCAGAAUAUUAUAAGUCAGCUAUACAUAAAAAGUCAUUUUUGCUUGUGAAAAUAUGCACUUGUAAAUACUUACUGCUUCAUGAAGGAAAGAUGAUUCGAUCUGUUACCAGCUUAGCAGAAAAGUAAAAUAUUAAGGCAUCUGUAAUUCUGUUUUUCUAGGUGAUUUUUAUUUAAAAUCAAAAUUGAAUAAUGCGGACUCUGUUGGAUGUCAGUCUUUCCGUCACUUCUACAGUGGCAGGCCACCCCCAUCAGGCAGCUUUCUCCAUGGCAACCACAGCCCUCUGAGGCUGUCGCAGCUAAUCCUCAGGGGCUUACCCAACUCUUACUUCUUAUAAGAGGGUUUUACCAACAACGCCAAUGCCCAGGAAUUCUCCCCAAACAAGCGCCAGAUCAUCUGUUUAUCCAACUGGAAGAGGAAAACAAACCUAGUUAGAGCAGCUGAGAGGAGCAGAGGGGAGAACGGUAGGCCCGGUUCAUCUGCCCGAAGCUAGUCCUGGGGGCUUGAGGGAGUUGGACGGCCUCGGUAGGAACAUGCACUUCAGCAGCAGUGCCCUCGCUUUGAUGGUGCUGUGUCUUUGUCUGCUGGGGAGGGUGCUGGAGGUCAAAGGGCAGGAGCGGGGGUACCUGCAGGAGGCUAUCAGGGACUUGGACCUGCCCCUGGGUACAGACAAUGAGCCACAACUCCAGAAGAAGCACAUUGGUAUCCUGAUCGCCAAGCUCCUCCAGGCGGUGCACUGUGCAGAGCAGAUUGGCACAUCUCAGGAUGUCUGUGAAAAGUGCCUGACACCAGAUGUAGCUCUCUCUGUGCUGGAGGAUGAUGGGAAGGGUUACCUCACUAAGGAGGACUACCAGCGGGUCUCCACUGUUCUGCUGUACUACAUAAUUAACUUGCAAGACCUGUGUGUGUCAAAUGCUGCCUCCAUGUCCUCCCUUAACUCAUCUUCCUCCUCCUCGUUCGGGAACUAUCAGUUCUAUCUUCUGGCCCUCACCAACCGACAGCCAGCUGAGGACAGCAGCUUCCUAUCAGCCAAUGAAACCGAAAGCAUUCUCCAACUCAUCUACCAGCACUACCACCCCACCUAUCAAGAUACCUCAUCUGAUUUACAAUGUAUUGAUGCCGCUGGCCUCUUUGAAGAGGUUAACGUGCAAGAAAAUCCAGGUGCUGAUGCCUCUUCCGUGCCCAAACUGGCUGCAGCCAUCAUCAGCCAUAUUCUGCAGGGCCACUGUUUCAGAAGGAGGGACCUCCCAUCUGCUGCUUUCUUUACUGACUACAUCUUUCAAUCUCUAAAUUGCACGAGUAACCUGCAGAUGACGGAUUUAGAGGAGUUGCUUCACCAGCUGGGAGUGGGACAGGAAGGUGCAACACAUCAUCACAACAGGAAGAGGCGGAGCAUCACAGGGAGUUCACACAAAGAGGCUGGGCAUUCGGUGGAUGGUUGCAAUCAUGAAACUGAAAGAAUAAGCCCAGAUUGGGCACAGGUAUGUUUUUCAGCCAAUCAGCUGGUGGAUAUUUUUGCUCUGAAUCCUCAUUUGCCAAUUUCCAAGGAGCACUUCAGAAAAAUUUGUCCCGCCAUUAUUCAGCAGUUGCUAGGCAAUGCCUGUGAGUCCAGAGAGCAAAACAGAAGAGGAUCUCUACCCACUGCUCUCGAGAAGUAUGGUUACAGCACGGCUGCUGUCCUGCUCAUCACGGUGGGCUCAAUGCUCGGUAUCUGCCUGAUCUUCUUUAACUCCUGCCAGGAAACCUACACACUCAUCCUGCAGCUGUUUGUGGGCCUGGCAGUGGGAACCCUCUCAGGAGAUGCACUCCUGCACCUCAUACCGCAGAUCUUAGACCUUCACCACCAUGAUUCUCACAGUCUUGAUGAGGAACACAACGCAGAAGGAAAUGAAUAUCUGUGGAGGAUUUUGGGGAUGAUUGCAGGGAUCUACAGCUUUUUCCUCAUUGAAAGAAUCUUUUCCUUUUUGGUCCCUUCUCAUGGCCAUGGGCAUUCUGGUGACCUUCCCUUAGAGCUCAACUGCAAUGGUCAGAGGGGCAAGUCCAUCUCCACCAUACAGCUGGGGCCGGUGGAUGACUUGGAAUGUCCUGAAGUGUCUCCUGAACCCACAGACACAAGGAGGCCUUCACAUCAGAGGCAGGGGCUUCCUCUCCUGGCAGUGAUGGUAAUCGUCGGAGACAGCCUUCAUAACUUUGCCGAUGGCCUAGUUGUUGGGGCGGCUUUCUCCUCUUCAGCUGAGACUGGUAUGGCAACCACUGUGGCCAUCCUGUGCCACGAGAUCCCGCACGAGAUGGGGGACUUUGCAGUAUUGCUCAGCUCCGGGCUCUCAGUUAAGACUGCCAUGCUAAUGAACUUUCUCAGUGCUCUGACAGCCUUCCUGGGCCUCUACAUUGGACUAUUUGUGUCCUCAGACAUGGAAGUGCAGCAGUGGAUCUUCGCCGUCACUGCUGGGAUUUUUCUCUACUUGUCACUGGUAGAAAUGCUUCCAGAGAUGAACCGAGUGAAGACCGACAGACCGGGUCUCAUGUUUCUCCUACAGAACCUCGGCCUGUUGAUGGGUUGGGCUUGUCUCCUGCUCCUGGCUCUCUUUGAACACGAACUCAAACUGUAAAUGCAGAGCACGCGACGCAUGCGCAAAGUCAGGACAAAAACAUUUUCUAGUGCUUAUUUUUUUUCAUUAUUAUUUUAAUUGACUUGUUUAUCAUCUCCUGCUAAUUACACACCCAAGUGUAAACCAGAAUGCAACCAGAAUAUUUUAAGAAGUCAGAAUUGGUCAACGAGUGAGUAUUUACGAUGUUGUAGUCACUGCAGUGAAUGAUAAAUAUACAUCAGCUGUAUGAAUCCUCUCUUUUUUAUAAUUUGACCUAUUUUUGUAUGUUAGUUAUCAUGGAUGGCAGCAUUUGGACACUAAAUAGCUAAAACUCUAAUGCAUCACGUACAACUGUGCUUAUCUGUUGUUCUGUGAAAUAUUUACAUAGCCUCAAAAACUGAUCAUUCGAUUUUGAAUAAAUUUCUCACCAGCAAAAUAUGAAGUAUUGUAAAUCUACCUGUUGUUUGUAAUUUAUGUUGGUCGGCUUUAUACAGAGAG